GAGUCUUUGGUGCAGGACGUCUUUUUUCUCCAAGAUGAAAAUAACGUGACUGACAGCAUCUUCUACGCAACAUUCACCUUGAUCCCCUCAUGCAUACCACACCUGCAAGUGAGGGGUGGAAUGGAGUAGAUGAUGGGAGAUCUCUAGAGUUCAGGGACUUAAUUUGCAGGAAGCCAUCCAGUUCCUGCAGUCAGUCUGCUGUCUGCGCCUACAAGGUGUCAGACAUCCAGCAAGUUUUCAGAGGGAACUUUAUGACCUUAACUGAUUCUGGCAGCUGGGUGAGGUACUCAGGAACAGUGCCUACACCCUACCCUGGUUCGUGUAUUAAUGAUGAAAUGCGAGCCAAAGGUGUGAAGACCUCUCGUGAACUCCCAGACACAAACCUGCUGUUUGUGAAGGAUCACCCUCUGAUGCACAAAGAGGUGACCCCAAUCAAUGGGAGGCCCCUGCUGGUCCAGUCUGAAGCCCAGUUCUCCAGAAUCGUUGUUGACAAAGUAACCUCUCUGGAUGGACAGCAGCACAUCAUCAUGCUUAUUGGUAACAGUAAGUAACUGAAUCGUACAUGAUGACUUAACACAUCUUGGCGUUGUUGGCAGGAUCAGACURSAGAAUGGCUGUAUUGACCAAUGAACAGGCAAAAACUACAUGCAGUUUCACUGUGAAUA